AUGUUCACAAUUCCAUCUGCAAAUGCUCAUCUUUUGGAUGAACCUCCCUCUGGUCAAUGUACUUCUACGUCUAUUGGGCCUUCUCUGCAAUCAAGUAGCUCAGUCCCUACCCAACCUCCUAGUGUCAUAUCCGAGCCACUCCCUUCCUGCGGUAUGCCCAAUCCUUGCGAAACUUUUCCUCUGACCUCGCCGGAUCCAUCUAUGAACAUAAACCAUCUCCAUUCAUCUCAAGGGGAUUUUUUCUCCCCGGAUUCUACUUCCUGUAUUAGAUCUGUUCAAAUUACUCAUAGGAAUGGAGAAGUCCCUGAGAUCACCUCAGAAUUGACCACCAUUCCGAUUGGAGGCUCAUCCUUUGGCCCAGGCUGGCCAGGUAGCUUCGGUGGCCCACCGAUCAAUGAACCCACGACUUUUGUUGUUAAACCGAAUAGAACAAACCCUCUGAAGCCACCUACCGACUCUGAGGUUCUCUAUAUUUUACCCUCAAUCUCGAUGCGCCUUACGACUGAUCAGCGUCAGAGCUUACGUCGGCCGCCCGCCACGACAAUAUUACAGAAAGAUAAGAAUUCGGUUUCAUCUCCACCAAAGAGGAGGAAACCCAAUCAAAUGUUAUCUGAUGUAGAUAGUGUCGACCCAAGUGAUGAACGGAAUAUGUCAACUUAUACUAUGGGUUGUGAUCAAAAUAGAGAUCAAGAAAGCAAUCUAGUUCAGGAAAAACCCACUUAUACUCUUAAACGAGAAGUCCGUUCAUCUAUCCAUCCCCAUUCUUGUUCGAACCUUCAAGAGGUCAUCAAUCAAGGUUUUCAUUUAGAUAGGAUAGAGAAGACGGAAGAUUAUGGGGAACACGAAAUACCAAUAGUGCAUCUGAGCUUUCAAACUGAUUUUCACGGAGUAAUUCAGUUGGGGCUAAUUGAUGUUCCCUGGCUGCCAAGUCUAAUUGAUUCAUAUCUGAAGGAGAGACCUUUUCAAUACGAUAGUAAGUUUAAAUUAAGUUGUCGAGUGUUUAAUCUUAGCUGA